AGGAAGGCAGGGGCGGUGAUACUGGGAAAGGCUAGUAUGAGUGAAUGGUAUCAGUUUCGUUCUUUGAAAACUCGAAACGGCUGGUGUCCAAGGAGUGGACAGGGUGUGGUGAGCUUAAUUGCUUUCCUUCUUCCUAUACUUGGUUUCGUUAUUUUGAAGAUUAGGUCUAAAUUUUGUGACUUGUGAGACAUGCAGAAUCCAUAUGUACCAUCGGGAGAUCCAUGCGAGUCAAACAGCGGAUCUGCAAUAUCUGUAGCGGCCAACAUGGUGGCUGUCUCGCUUGGGACUGAGACUGAUGGUUCCAUCAUCUGCCCAGCCGAUGUGAACUCCGUUGUUGGGUUUAAACCCACUAUUGGACUCACCAGUCGGGUAGGUGUCAUCCCAAUUUCACCCCGACAAGACAGUGUCGGACCUAUAUGCUGGAGUGUGCUGGACGCAGUUUAUGUGCUUGAUGCUAUAGUGGGUUUUGAUCCUAGAGACGGUGAGGCAACAAAAGAAGCAUCCAAGUUCAUACCUGUUGGUGGCUACAAACAAUUUCUCAACAAAGAUGGGAUUGCAGGAAAGAGAUUGGGUGUUGUGAGGAAUCCAUUUUCUGGAUUUUACAACCGAUCCACAGCUAUUUCAGCCUUUGAAGCUCAUCUCACCGUAUUAAGGCAAAGAGGUGCAAUUUUAGUGGACAAUUUGGAAAUAGAAAAUGUUGAUAUCAUAUUGAACCCCUAUGAAAGUGGUGAAUCAACGGCCUUGUUGGCUGAGUUCAAGCUCAACAUAAAUGAAUACCUGAAAGAGCUCACCCAUUCUCCAGUGAGGUCCCUAGCAGGCAUAAUUGCCUUCAACUUGAACAACUCCGAUCUGGAAAAGACUGAUGAAUAUGGCCAGGAAGUCUUUAUCGCAGCAGAGAUGACAAAUGGGAUUGGGAAGCAAGAGAGGAUGGCAAUGGAAAUGAUGGCAAAUCUGUCUCAGGAUGGGUUUGAGAAACUGAUGAUGGAGAAUAAGCUUGAUGCAACGGUGGCACUGGGUUCAGGCAUGGCCACUGUACUGGCCAUUGGAGGUUACCCCGGAGUUAGUGUUCCAGCUGGGUAUGAUGGAGAUGGAAUGCCCUUUGGCAUAUGUUUUGGAGGACUGAAGGGGAUGGAGCCAAAGCUUAUUGAAGUUGCUUACGGAUUUGAACAAGCCACAAAGAUUCGGAGACCUCCUACUUCCCCUAAUAACUUAUUGUGUCCUAAUGAGCCAUUGUAAGAGUUGGAUUUUGUUUUCCGCAAUAACAGUGGUU